GGCCCUGCCUCUCCCUCCUGCCGCAGCCUCCUGCCCUCGCUCCCGGCCGGCGCUGCGCUGGGGGUGCCGGCGGCAUGGCGGAGUCCCAGGUGCUGCUGCUGGACGAGCUGCACGUCAACGAGAAGGUGACGGAGGCCCAGGCCCGCUUCUACUACAGCGAGGAGCAGCGCCGAGCCCUGGAGGCGCUGGUGACCCGCGGCGAGGCCGCGUACCGGGAGGCGCUGAGGAAGGAGCAGCUCCGCGAUUUCCUCUCCGGCCGGGAGCUGCAGGACCUGCGGGGCGGCUGGCGGGGCUACGACGAUCCCCGGGAGGGAGGCAAGGUGGCGCGGGGGCCCGGCGGCGAGACCCUCUCGCUGGCCUACUGGCCCGAGUGCUCGGACACCGAGGUGCCGCCGCUGGACUUGGGCUGGACCGACAAGACGUUCUACCGUGGCAUCAGCCGCGUGUCCCUCUUCACGCACCCGCGCAAGGAGGAGAGCGCGCCGCACCUGAAGGAGGUGGUGCGGGAGAUGAUCCAGCAGGCGCAGAAGAUUAUUGCAGUGGUCAUGGAUGUGUUUACGGACCGGGACAUCUUCCGCGAUAUCGUCGAUGCAGCAUAUAAGCGCUGGAUCCCAGUCUAUAUCAUCCUGGAUGAGGAGGGUGUCAAGCUCUUCCUGGAAAUGUGCAGAUGCCUUGACCUCAGUGACUUGCAGAUCCGGAAUGUCCGCAUACGCUCUGUGACAGGAGUUGGGUUCUACAUGCCGUCAGGGAAGAUCAAAGGCACACUGGCAUCCCGAUUCCUGAUGGUGGAUGGUGAAAAGGUGGCCACUGGAUCAUACAGCUUCACAUGGACUUCAUCUCACAUUGACAGAAACAUCCUGCUAGUCUUGACAGGACAGCACGUGGAGAUGUUUGACAUUGAGUUUCGUGAGCUCUACGCCAUCUCAGAGGAAGUUAAUUUAUACAAGGAACUGGGUAUUGCUAACCCAUUCCUCCUCGGAAUUGGGAAGCCAGGCUUUCAUUCCUCCACCGUGGCUCGGAAGUUCAUUAACCCAAAGUAUGGUUUAGUAGCAGGGGCAACCCGUGGUGAUAUGAUGCUCUGGGCUUCACGGCACAGGCAAGACAAUCAGGGAAACGUGGAAAAGGAGGAAACAAGUGAGUCAAAGAAACGGUUAAAUCAGUUCCUGAAUGACUUAGUCACAUUGGAGCAAGUGUUCCCAGAAAUAGAUCCACCUCUGGAGAACUUAAACAAGCUGAAUCGGAGCCCCCAGAAACUGUUGUCCCGGCUCCACAUGGACCUGAGAAAUAAAUCCAAGUCCAGAGAGUCUAUUCGUGACAUAAAGAAGGAAGAUGCACAGGGCAAUGGAAAGCAAGGAAAGCGGUUUGCCAGUGGGCUUUUCAGUCGCAAGGCCAAGCGCUCUCCAGGCUCAAGCAUUGAGGCCAAUUCUUUUGCCAGUGAAGGACAUUCAGGAGAAGACCUUGGGAACAUGAAACUGGAAUAUGAGAGGCUCAGCAUUGGCCAUGCUAGUGUUCGGAGCGCUGGAGGCAACUCAGGUAAUCUGAAUCCAAACUCCACUAUGAGCGAUAAAAACAAACAAUCUACCUGUGUCUUAUCUUGAUUGGGAAGGAUUGUCUGGAGAACUAAAGACUGAAUCACAAGCUGGAACAGUAACUUCUGGAUUGAUUUUGAACCUACAGCCAUAUCCUCAUGCAGUGAUCUGUAAAGCCACUGCAGGUCCUGGAUGCAUCUGGCACCCCUGGCUAAAGCACAUUUACUGGGUGAUGAGCAGACUUUGGAUAGUUGGUCCCUUAAAUGAGGGUUAGUGAUGAAUGUAUUAGUCCAUAUGUCUAUGUGCACACAUAUUUUGUAUAUAAAAACAACUGUGAUAACUGGUCUCAGAGCUUGCUCUGUGCCCAGAGAAAUGCAGGAGAUUUUCUGACUUACUUGUGCUGCUACUUUGGUCUGUCUGGCUGCAGACUUGGAAUCACUGUGUUGCAUUGUUUACUCUACUGCACUGUAAAAAUGUAUUGAUCUGACUGGCUGUAAGGCUGAAUUCAAUCGAAGUGGCAAAUUCUGGGUGAAAUAAGGAUGUUUACAGACAGUGGAGCAAUCCUUUGUCCGUAAGGAGUCUUCCUGUAGAUUCCUGUUGUUACUGGCCCAGGCAGAAAUGAGUGGUCCGGGAGAAGGCUUUAGCUAACAGUAGCCUACAGAGCAGUAUCAGAACUGUUUCACGUCAUAAAUGUAGCAGUCGAACAAAGUGAUUUAGCAAGAAUGUGGCAAAGUGGAAAAAUGGAAUAUAGGGCAAUGUUUAACAUACACUUGAGACUGGGUCAGGAGAAAUGCCUGAUAAGGGGCCUGGCAGGAUCUGGGAGCAAUAACACAGACUUCGGGUGCUGUGACGAAAUCCCUGUUGUUGCUAACUCAGCAAUACUUUUACCAUCCAUGGAAACCAAAUGAUUAAGGAGCAGAUCUUGUGUGGAGUCCGGCUGUUUGUCUCUGUCCCCACACACACUUAGGCACCUUUUCUUCAGCCCACCCAGGGACUGCCAGUUGCCGGGGUCUCUCUCUCUCUCUAGCUGGUCAGAGUGACCCCAAAAAAGUUCAAAAGUUUCUUUUCCCAGCCCGGUGCUUGAAGAAGGAGUCAGAGCUCUUCAUUUUUCGGUCUCAAGGUUAUUUAUUACAUCUUAUCUAUAAAAUUCUUUCUCCCUGUCCAGCCGAGAUCCGUUCAGCAGGACAGUCAGAGGCGCUCCGCCCUCCCCCAGGGCGGUGUUAUCUUUUUAUACUACAAACUACGUGUACAAUAUUUACAGUUAUUUUCCAAUACCUAUCAUCUACGCUAGACAGUGAGUUUCUACUCUAGACCAAUCUAAAAGUGCCAACAUCACCAGACAAGAUGGAGGUAGAGAAGAAGAAGAAAGGCUAGACACGCCCAAAUCCCUCCAUCUUGUCACCAGAAACCCCUAUACCAAAAAUCCCAAAACCUACAUUUACACUCUGUGAAUACUUUAUCCCUAUACCAUCGAAACUGCCGUGGCCUCUAUCUCCUCAUGCAAAGGUGCCAAGCUGUUCCAUGGCCCGCACUUGAACCCGAUGGUGUUCUUGGGCUGUGUGCCAGGGUCUCUGAGCCCCCUGGCAAGGGUCCCAGGAAACUCCAGACUCCCAGAGGGAUGUCCUGAGUUCCGACAAUCUUGUCCUUUUUUUUUUUUUUUUUUUAAAGUUAACCUUUCCAGAAUCUAAAUCAUGCUAAAACUGAGAGCUUUGAUCCAUAAGAAGCAUUGUGUGCAAUCAGACAAAAGGCCAUCUGAUCUGCUGUUCUGCCUCCGAGAAUAGCCUGUAACAGGUGAUCACAGAAGCAUAAAAUACAAGGCUUGUAUAUACAGAGGUCUUUCUCUGACACCAUUCCAGCAGUCUGUGGACUUUCUCAGCUUUCUGGCAGUUCCUUCUGAACCUAGUCUUAAUGAAUGCACUUAGUCCCUUUCUAAAAAUCCUUGUCUACUUUUGGCCUCCAAAGUGUUCUGUGGUACCAAACCCUAAAUUCAAUGUGUGUACAGAAAAAGAACUGUUGUCAGGCUGUUUUAAUGGUUUCCUUGAUGAUUACCUCCUAGCUACUAUGGGAUCUAACUGGCAUUUCUGUCCUCUUGUACACUAUCAUUUUUCCAGUUCUGCUCACUAACAGAGUGGAUAAACAGAUUGUUUUUGUCUCUACAGUGGGCAGAUUGACAUUUCACUCUGCUUUCUUGCCAUUUAAAUUACAUAUCCUGCUGCAUAAGUAAAUCCUCUUGUGAUACCUAAAAAAAUUAGAUCCUAGUUAUUAGAAGAGACCUGAAAACUAAUGUGCCUACUUGCCAAAAAAAUAUUUAAACAUCAGAAAACCACAAGUUUAGUUUUCUUGCUUUUUGUUUAGAGAAACCAUCUGGGUUUUUAGCUGCACAACAAAUUCACAGCAAAGGCAAUUGAUGCACUUCCAACACAGAAGCAGCUGAUGGAAAAGGCUCUUUCAGGUGCUGGGUUGCAGUAGAGGUUGUUACACUCUACUGCAAAAUACAAACAACUGUCUGUAGUUGAUGGUAAAAUGCAAUUGAUUGAUUCACUGAUUGAUUAAUUGCCUUUCCCUGAAGUAUAUUUAAUUUGAAUGGCAAGCAGGUCCAUUUUGCUCCAUUUACCCUGCAGAAUGUCUUGGGAUGCUAAGAUACCAAAGGUAUUGUACCCUCUGUUAAACAUACUCGUUCUCAUUCCAUGGGUUAAAUGCUUGCUAGUCUAUAUAAUAUAUUCUAUAUAGCCUUCUGGGAAUCAGCUGUAGUUUUACAGCUGGGUCUGUCAGCUUAUAUUAUGAGCAGUGUUUCAUAAAAUUGUUCCGGGUAAUGGGGAAAAAAAGAGGUGUUGGAAAUGACACCUCCAUUUGGAUGUAGAUGUGACUUGAUAGCUGAGUUAUCCUGUUGGCUUCGUGUGUGUAGCUCAUGUGCCUAAAGCUACUCAGUGUGUUUGCAGGAUUCUUGAAAGUGGUAUGAUUUUGCCAUACUUUGUUUACCACUCUGCAGACAUUUGGGAGACUUUUUUUUUUUUGUAUUUAUUUCACUUUGUUAGCAGAGAUCAGAUAUAAAUUUAUCAGGCCAAUGUUGUUCCACUUUGUCAUCUGGUGCUUCCUUUUCCUCCCAGGCUUUUAAAAUAUUUAUUUUUUAAAUUGUGCAAUAGGUUAAUUAACUAAUUAGCACCAUGUUGAUAUAUAUGGUCAGGUUUUCCAGGAAGUCCUUUAUCUCCUUGUUGCUUCAUCCUGGGUGACUUCACAAAUAGUCCGAGAGGCUGAUUUCACCUGUCCUUCCUUCCUUCUGCACUUACGCAUUCGUGUGCUUUACUUUCUCUUCCCUAGGGUGGAUGUCAGAGCUCUUUUCUUUAACCUGUCAACUAACAGGAUAUCCCUUCCAGAGAAAGUCUCUCAUCUGCUUGUCUUCUUUGUUGCCACACCAGUUCCUGAAAGGGAAUGUUCACUGGUUUUCAGAUUCUUUCCAUGGAAGUCAGUCUCAUGCCUUGACUCCAGGGGCUAGUAGAAUUCCUUAGGCUUAUCACACACUGCUUAAUUACUUAAUUUGAGAGAACAAACUUGCUUUUUUGCAUGAUAGAAAUCUGCUCCUUAAACUCAGCGUGACUCUGAGGAUGAGCACAGCCUUGUUGAUCCAGAGUCGAGGUUUCAGGCUCUGGUGGAACUAGUUCUUCCCUGAAGAUAAAAUCUGCUGAACUUGGCCUAUUUACCUGCUCCUAUGGCAACAGAAGUGAGUCUGUGUGAGGUGACCACAUUUAUUUUGACUAGUUUUUGCUAAUUGUGGUUCUUGAUGAGUGCUAGAAACCUGGGGCUGUGACCUGUAAAAUGAAUUUCUCUUGCUCUCCAGAUAAAAUGUGGUUGAUGGUGCUGGGGGUCACAGGGGCAAAGAGCAGUGCCCCUGCUCUUUGUGUUGGAAGUCUGCCAGUAGAGGUUGAAGGUCAGCAGUCUUCAAAUAAGCUGUCAUUUGGUGCUUGCCUGAGAUGUAAUCUUUGGUGCUUGUAAUCAAGUCACCAAGCUCCUGAGGGGGUGGGAAGGAUGGGAAUUGUUCUGUUGCUACUCAGAGGAGCCAGAUUAGCUCUCUUUGGCAUCUGUAUCCUGAACCUGUACAAUCCCAAGAGGAUUCCUGUCCUCUGGAUCUCUUUCCCUCUUUGGCUGGUCUGUGUGGAGCACCAUAGGGCCUACAGCUGUGGUCCUUGUUUUGGACAGAAAGUAACAAAGCUGGGGCUCAUGGCUCUCUCUCUUUCUGGCCUGCAAUGGUGAGUGGUUCAGAAAGAGCCACUUGGCUGAAUGUGUGCCUUCUGUGUUUCUUUUGGUACAAGUUUGUAUAUUUAAUGUAUAUGUGUCCAGUUAAUUAUGUGGGAGACCUUUUCUAAGUCAAACAAAUAAACUGUGUUACAUUUA